GCCAGCUUUGCUUUGAUAAAAUUUUCUGUUGACGGACUUGCUCAAAUCGAUGGCUUUCGAUGUUUAUUUCAAUUUGAAUUAAAUCUAUAAUAUAUUGAAUUGGUGCAAUAAGUGACUAAAUAUAUUUAAUAUCUUUAAGAUUUUUUCACCAUGAAGCAUAUAAAAAAACCCUCUGAUAAUACUAUAACCUCAACAAAUGUGGAUGCCUUUAGUUCAAUUAACGAAAGACCAGUGGAUGAUAUAUCGUUGGAAUUCUUCUAUAAGCCUCACACUAUAACUCUUUUAGCUGUAUCAAUAGCGGCUGUUAUAUACACCGCAUUUGUGAGAGAUGAAUCAAGCAUGCAGGAUAAUAUAUGGGCAGGGAUAUGUUGUGUUAUAUUUUUCUUCCUGAUAAUUUCAGUUCUAACUUUUCCAAAUGGCCCAUUUACAAGACCGCAUCCUGCUGUAUGGAGAAUAGUUUUUGGAAUGUCAGUUCUGUACUUGCUUGCACUACUCUUUCUCCUGUUUCAAAGUAAUUCUUCUGUUAAUGAAAUUAUGUAUUGGGUUGAUCCAAAUCUCAGAAAUUUCCGUAUUGAUAUGGACAAAGAGUAUGCUGUGAAUUGUUCUGACAUAUCUGUGGCAAAGAUUUGGUCCCAUGUUGAUGUUUUUGCUUGGGGCCAUUAUUUGGGAUGGACUUUUAAGGCCAUUUUAUUUCGACAUGCUGGUUUGCUGUGGGCAAUAUCCAUUAUGUGGGAGAUUACAGAAAUUGCAUUUGCUCAUUUAUUGCCAAACUUCUUAGAGUGCUGGUGGGAUUCACUUAUCCUGGAUGUUCUUGUUUGCAAUGGAUUUGGUAUUUGGUGUGGACUCAAAAUAUGUAAAGUUUUGGAAAUGAGAGAAUAUAGAUGGGUCAGCAUAAGGGACAUCUCUUCAACAACAGGGAAAAUUAAAAGGGCUAUUCUACAAUUCACACCAGUGCAGUGGACGCCGGUGCGGUGGCUCGACCCAACAUGCACCUACAUGCGAUUCUUUGCUCUGAGCCAGCUUGUUGUCUUUUGGCAAAUAUCAGAGCUGAAUACAUUCUUCUUGAAGCAUAUAUUUGAAAUGCCGCCAUCACAUCCAUUAGUUAUCGCUAGGCUUUUACUAGUUGGUGUAAUAGUUGCGCCGUCAGUCAGACAAUAUUACAUCUACGUGACGGACCCGACGUGCAAGCGCGUGGGCACCCAGUGCUGGGUCUACGGCGCCAUCAUGGUCACCGAGUCGAUGCUGUGCAUCAAAAACGGAAAAGAACUGUUUGGUCAAGCUCAAGUGUACAAUGUCAUAAUUUGGCUAGUCAUACAAAUGCUGGUCUCUGUGUGUUGCGUGUAUGGCGUAGUUGUGUACGACAAGUACCUACAGCCAAGCAAAUAUAAUGCUGAAGCAGAUACUCCUACAAAAGAAGAUUAAAUAUACAAGACAAGCAAGAAGUACCCAUGUACCAUGUCAUAGUGGGUACUGCCAGGUGGAGCCUUCAGUCAUCUCCAGAUAAUAUGGUAAAACAGGUUUUACCUUCGAAUACAAACAUUGUGAAUGUGAUUUAUUCAACCAUACCAAAUAAUACUAGUAAAUUUUGUAUCAUAUAGGGCUAUUUAAUAUAAUUUCAUAGGUAGUUAGACAUAAUUGAGAUACAAAAUUCUCAUUUAGCUUUUGCUACUUUCCCAUAUAAUACCUAGUAAACUUUUAAACUUAACUAGACUAGAGGCGAAUGUACAUUUUAAAAAACAAUAAUUUUAUUGGAUAGUUGCUUGACAAAAUUUUCGGCUUCCUUUGUAUGUGUAUAGUCAUAGUCAUUUAUAGUGUAGGUACUGUUCGCAGAGCCAGAGAUGUCGUUAAUAGAAGGGUAGCAGACAUUUGUAUGAUGAUGAGAAUGGUCCUACCAUAAAUAAUGUAUCCAGACGAAUUUUAAAAUGUACCUACCCAUGUAAAUUCAUCUCGGAUCUUUCACCUCAUCUCUGGACGCCAUAACUAUCUAAAAUACUAUUAGCUACCCACCUACGCUACAAUGGCAUGUAACUACAUUCGAAUUCAAUGUUACACACAUGGCAUCAUAUGGAACCAAGUUUAUUACUAUUUCUGCACACAAUCAUAAAUACGAUUUAACGUAGUCCAGUGCGCUAGGGAAAGAACGAUGACCGUGGUUUAUCUAAAGAGAACGACUGUAAUCGACUCGAAUAAUGUGUAUGUCAUUGAAUUCGACUGUACAAAUCGUUGUUCUAUGGUAGGUACAAAUAAAACCUACUUGCAAUAGAGUAGAUUUUCUCUUUUUGAAUAAAUCUUGAUCAAUUUCUAUAGGAACCUAACAUGUUAUAUGCUAGAACUAUUACAAAUGUCUUCUAGAUGUAGAAUCUUUAUCGUGUCAUGAAAUUAGUGGAAUAAAACUUGUGUUAUAAAUGUUA